AUGAACUUGUCACGAGAUGUGUGUUUUCUGAACACGAUUAACUACUAUGUCUACUAUCAAUAUAAACAUAAUAGGUUAAAAGUACUCCAAAAAGAAAAGAAAGAAUAGGUAUAUGAGAAAAAAUGUAUCUCAAUAUUUGGAUGACUGAUUCAAAAAGCUGAUUAAUUUAAAUCUAAUAUGGGGAAGAAAAGAAAUAUUCAACCCCCGCCAAUAAUGCCAGGGCGGAUAAAAGUGGAAAUAAAAGAUGAAAUAGGAGACAGUGAUGUUUUGGUAGCAAGAGAUCGUUUGAAGGGUGCUCUUCGAGAAUUAUUACAACAUAGUGACACAGGUUCAUCAACAGACUCAGGCGAAGAAAGUUCUGCUCAAGAUUAUAAACAUUCAAUGAGAAAGAUGACGAAAUCCAUUAAUCUACAACAACCACGGAAAGUCAGACGUCGUCGACAAGUACAGACUGAUACAGCAUAUCAUCAUACAUAUGUGAUGAAAUUAUUUGAUCGCAGUGUUGAUUUAGCUCAAUUUCGAGAGGACACACCACUUUAUCCCAUAUGUCGUGCUUGGAUGGCCAAUCAACCAAGGAAUCCUAAUUUGGUUCCUAAAGUGCGUAGUCCAAGUCCAGAAAUAGUUAAUGAAAUUAAUAUAACAAAUAAUUUAAUUGAUGCUAAUGGCGAACUAAAUGAUGUCCAUUAUUUGCCAACUCCUUUGCCUCGUGAGGAGGCCAUACCAAGAAAUCGCAUUCCAUCUCCUAUAUUUGGAGAGAAGGAUGACUUAAACUUAGAUUAUGAAGGACAAACUCUCAAAUCACGGGAACAAUUAAUGAAAGAGCAUAUUACACGGUGGAAUGCUAUUCGCAAAAAAUGGCAUCAACAAGCACAUAAAAAUGAACAACGUUAUAUACAGAGUGCUACUAUACUUAGCACCAUUUUUACAAAGGCGCAAGCAGAGUUUGAAUAGCAGAGAUAUGGCAGUCCAAUGACUGCCAGUUCUUGCAUCACUGAUAAUUUCGUUUCUGAUAAUUUUUAUUACGUCAUCAAGGAAUAAUUUCUUAUUUGUCAUUUUUUAACUUCAUUGGGAAGUGAAUGCAUAAAAUGGGGCUAUAUUUAUACAUAUCUUAUAUGAAUGCAAUUUUUAUUUAUAAUGCCCAGAAGUUGUAAUCAUGUUUUAAUAACAUUACAAAAUAAUGAUUUCUCACUUUAAUAUAAAACGACAUUGUAAUACUUGUAAGUUUAUUCUUUUAAUAAAAAUAAACGCAAUAUAUAAUAAUCAA